GCUUCGUAGUGUUUCCGUUCUGAUGAGUGAUCAGGAGUGAUCUGUGAAAAAAAGGAGUGAAACAGUUAUUCUGUUUAUUCUGAUAACAGAGGAGUGACACUCACUUUAUAGCACUCCAGGUAUGUGUGUGGAGCUGUGGAGCCGGGUGAAUGAACUCUGUGCCCGCAGGAAGAGCGAGGUUCCUCCCCGGCUCUGCUCCUCCGACCGGCCGUGAUCCAGCCUCUCCUCCGCGGCCAGGGUUACUCACAGCCCGGCCUCUGCUCUGGAUCUACCCGCUGCUCUCCUGGAUCUUCUCCUGGAUUUACCCGCUGUUCCCCCGCACCAUGGCCGCCCGACCCACCGAGCCGGGCGCCGCCGAGCGCGAUGCCACCGGUGAGCGGAUCAGGAACCACCACAAGCAGGCGUUCGAGUACAUCACCGUGGGCAUCGAUGAGGACGAGAAAGGUCAUAAGGAGCAGGCGGUGGAGUGGUAUCGUAAGGGCAUCACUGAGCUGGAGAAAGGGAUCUCUAUUCAGGUUACUGGAACUGGAGAGAAAUCAGACAGAUGCAGACGACUCCAGACUAAGAUGUCCUCUAAUCUAACCAUGGCCAAAGACCGACUGGCACUGCUGGCUAAGCUGCGGUCAGACUCUCAGCGCUCUGUUUACUCUCACGGCUCUGAUCAGACUCUCUCCAACGGCGGCCUGCGGUCAGUCAGUGGUGCUGUUCCGAAAAAGAGAGAUUUGGCUCCAGUCCAGCCGAAAGCGAAGCAGCCGCAGAGACCCUCCAGUGCCCCCCAGCGGGCAAACAGCUUCACUGCACCGACUGCAGGAGCAACCAGCCGAACCGCUCAGCAACACAAGGCUGCAGCAGGUCGUGGUGGUAAUGGGGGUCUCAGGGGGAAUGUUAAAGCCGGUGGAGCUCCUGCUUCUGCUCCUCAGAGGAAGAGAGAUAUGAAGAACUUUAAGAACGUAGACAGCAAACUGGCCAACCUCAUCCUCAACGAGAUCGUGGACAGUGGCUCUGAGGUGCGGUUUGAGGAUGUAGCAGGACAGGAUUUGGCGAAGCAGGCUCUACAGGAGAUCGUAAUCCUGCCGGCUCUGCGUCCCGAGUUGUUUACAGGACUCAGAGCUCCAGCCAGAGGUCUCCUCCUGUUCGGACCCCCCGGCAACGGCAAGACCAUGCUGGCUAAAGCAGUUGCUAUGGAAUCUAACGCGACCUUUUUUAACAUCAGUGCCGCCAGUCUGACCUCUAAAUACGUGGGUGAGGGUGAGAAGCUGGUCCGGGCGCUGUUUGCUGUUGCUAGGGAACUACAGCCAUCAGUCAUCUUCAUCGAUGAGAUAGACAGUCUGCUGUGUGAGAGGAGGGAGGGAGAGCAUGAUGCCAGCAGGAGACUGAAGACUGAAUUCCUCAUCCAGUUUGAUGGAGUGCAGUCAGGAGGUGAUGAUCGAGUGCUGGUGAUGGGAGCCACUAACAGACCUCAGGAGCUGGACGAGGCGGUGCUGAGGCGCUUUGCCAAGCGUGUUUACGUCACUCUGCCCACGGAGGAGACUCGUCUGAAGCUGCUGAGGAAUCUGCUGGGGAAGCAUGGCAACCCGCUCACACAAGAGCUGAGCCAGCUAGCCAGGAUGACUGAUGGUUACUCAGGCAGUGAUCUGACCUCCUUGGCUAAAGAUGCAGCACUGGGACCCAUACGAGAACUGCGUCCGGAGCAAGUGAGGAACAUGGCUGCAAACGAGAUGAGGAAUAUUCGCUUCUGAUUUGUGGACUCUUUAAAGAAGAUUAAGAAGAGUGUGAGUCCUCAGACUCUGGAUCAGUAUGUGCGCUGGAACCGGGAGUACGGAGACACGACCGUAUGACCUACACACACACACACACACACACACACACACUCUCCUCCCUCUGUGACCUGUGGACUGCAACCCGCUGGUCCUGGAGACUCUCUUUAAAGGCUAGUUGGACUCUCCUGGAGAAGAUGUGGGACAGUCUGUAGGAGAAGAACUCUUCUACCACGUUCCAGAGCACUGACAUGUUUUAAGCUCUUCAGAGAGACUCCCUCACUGCUGAGGACACUGUGCUGUCCAGCAUCAAACUUCUCAGCUUGAUUUGGACGAAUGUAAUGAUGUGAAUGGAUGAAGCUUCAGCAGCACUUCAAUAGAACUUACUGUAUUUUUCGCACUAUAAGGUGCACUGGAUUAUAAGGCGCAUUAUGUGACACUAGUAAGGAACAGGGUGGAGCCACAAAACUGCAAUUCUUAAAAAGUCAAACGAGUGCUGGUUGUUAAUCUACACAGAUUUCUCUCCUGAAAACUGUUUAUUUGGGUGAGUAAUGCGCUUCAAUUAUUUACAGUCAGCUUAGAUUUCCAGAUUCCACUAAGGCUGGGUGCAGCAGCAUUAGCAUUAGCAUUGGCAUUAGUGGCUAACCGCUAGCUGUGGUUAGAGCUAGUAAAUGCUGGCCGACAGCGCUACACUGAGGAACCCUGAGUGUUCCGGUAAGUCAGGAGGAUAUUAGCUAGCAGUUCGUUCCACGUAGCUUAUUUUUGCUUCUGAACGGCGAAAGUGCUUGGGCUUAGCGCGGUUAGCUAGCUUAAUGCUAAUGCUGCUCCAGCAGCGCUAGCCAAGGUAAGCAGCAGGCUACAGUCCGAUAUACUCACCUCUGAACGGCGAAAAAGCUAGUGUUUAGUGCAGUUAGCACUAAUGCUAAUGCUGCUGCUCCAGCCUUAGUGCUGGAGAAACUUCACCUAAAACUCACCCUUAUAACUCUGUACUUCAGCAGAGUGGCUUUACUACUCCUUAAUACCUGACUGUAGAAUUUAUUCAUAAGGAGCACUGACGUUUUUUUUGUGGAAAAAUUCAAUGAUUUCAAGUUCACCUUAUAGUGCGAAAAAUAUGGUAAUUAAUGUUUUGGAACAUUCAGGCUGUGAAGGAGGAACAGAUUCGGAGGGGAUAUGUUUUGCUAUUUAUUGAAUACGCUGAUCAGCCAUAACAUUAGUACACUAAAAAACUGAAAAAAAAAAAAUUGAUGGUAAGACAACUGGGAUUCAGAACAUCUCAAGAACAUCAGGCAGGUAUUAUGGGAUGUUUUGGUAUGCAGUGAUCAGUACGUUCUAAGGACUAAUGGCAUCGAGAGCCUGGGUCACGGCACCAAAAAUCAUAUUAAUUCUUAUUGAUUGAGAACUUAAAGAAGAACUCCUGUGUUAAUUUUAGACUUUAGUUGUAGUAAAACAUGAUAAAAAGUACUAAUCUUUGUUUAAUAGCACACCUCCUUUCUCUCGCAGCUUUCCUAGAUCAAGUAAUUUUGUGCUUUUUACAACAGGCUCUUAGGGGCAUAUUUUGCCCCUGCAGAUAAAUCGCUUUUUACAUCAUUUUUCAGAGAUUAGGAGAUGGAGAUGUUGUAAAAAGUGUUUUGUAAUAAGCCUCUUUUCCCUUUCUUAAAGUUAUUAAUGCCUCAUUUUACAUGUCGGAGCUCUCCGGAUUCUACCAAAGAAGUGUGGAGCUACUUUGAGCUUAAAUAAGGGUAUAAAAAGCAAUUAAUAAGAGCAAAAUAUGCUCCUAAGCGCAUGUUGUAAAGAGUACUGGGCAAAAAAUAGAAAUAGCUUGAUCUCUCGAAAAGCUGUGGGAGAACGAAGUGUGCUAUUCAACAAAGGUAAGUAGUUUUUAUCAUGUUUUACUACAUUUAAAAGUCAAUUUUACACCAGAGUUCUCCUCCUUUAAGUUGUGAGGCAGGAUCUUAAUGAGAAUUAAUGAGUUUUUUGGUGCCGUGACCCGGUCUCUCAAUGCCAUUUGUGCUUAGACUUACUGACCACUAUAUUUUUUGUUAAGAUAAGCUAAUGCUAAUGCUAAUACUAUUCCUGCUGCCAGGUACCAACAAUUUAUUUCAAUGUUAGACAGGUGGUACUAAUGUUAUGGCUUUAUUGAUGGAAUUACAUUUACUGCAAUACACAGCAAAAGUAAAGGUGCUUUUUUUUUCACGCCAGUUGCCAAGUUACCGAUCUAUGCACCAUGACCUCCAUGCCGUACCCUCAGCCGUGCUCUCCUGUGUGCCUUAGCUCUCCUACAGCAAUACUCAGAUUCCUCCUGUAAAUAUCAAUCUGUUCAUAUUUUAAUAAUUCUGCUGAUUGUGGGAAAUCAGUGUGAUUUAACUGGACCUAUUUUAUAAAGCACUCGAAGAACUGUAACCUGUUAAAACAGCUUAUAACCUGAGAUGGCACGGUAAUAUAUUUUAUUUUUCAAAAUUAAAAUAAUAAUAAAAAAACAUAUGUAUAUAUAAAUAAAUAAUAAAAUGCUGAAAUCAUGAGAAGUGGCUGAUUCAGAUUAUUAGCAUUAUUGUAUUAUUAUUAUUAGCAUUGUUUAGCAACACCUUAGCAACCACCACAGAUAUGAUGGAAAGCAUCUAGCAAUCACUUACCACCUUAGGGACCACCUAGGAAGCCACUGGGACCUUAGCAACUGAUUAGCGUACACCUGUAAUACCUUAGCAACUGCCUAGCCACUCCUUAGAAACCACCAGGGGUAUGCUGGAAGCCGAUUAGCAACCACUUAACACCACCCUAGGACCACCCCCCUAGGAAACCAUAGAGACUGUUAAACAACACCUUACCAACCACCAUAAAUAUGAUAGAUAUAACACUUAGCAUCUACCUAAAAACACCCUAGCAACCACCCGCGGUAUGAUGGCAACAACUUCACAACACCUUAGCAACCAGCAACACCUUGGCAACCAGAAACCAACAAAAUGUUAUCACCACAACCAGUUUUAUUUAAUGUUCUUAAAUUAAAAUAAGUCAAAUUACUUAGCAAUAUUACUACUACUACUACUAAUAAUAAUAAUAUUUUUAAUACUUUUUCCUGCAGGUAGAAUGGGCUAAUUUCUCUUUAGUGGAGAAUCCAAAGUCCAACACUAAAAAAAAAGCCAAACAAGUUUAAAAUAAUGCCUUUUCAGCAAAAAAAAUAAACUUUUUAUACAAAACUGGAAAAGAACUAUCAUUAUUAUUUGAUCUGUAUCAUAGGAGUCAUUUAAACCCAUGGAUUUGUACCAUUUUUGUACUAUAUAUAAUAUCUCACUAAUACCAGUGUGCCAUCUCUCGUUAUAACCCAUAAUAAGGGCUGCAUUUACUCUUAUGUUCAGUUUAUUUUCCUGUAUUUUGACAAUUUAGAGACUAUUUUCUACCUGUAAUAUAUAACAGUGCUGGUUUGUGGGUGAGAUUAUGACCCUCAUUAGCUUUUUCUUUUGCUUAUAAAUCAUAAAUAGCUCAGUUUUAAUCCCCAGAGCUCCUGAUAACCAGCAGAGAGCAGCAGAUCCUCAGAUUGAGUAGAUCCAGCUCUCUGCACUGAAACGGGUGAUUAAUGAAUGAAGGAUUUUAUUGGCCCUCAGGGUAUGAAUGCAUUUUUAAGUGAUCUAAUUUAAUAUUUGUGUGCCGUGUGUCAGUUUGAACGCUGAUUUUGAUUUGUAUAUAAAGCGAUUGAGGAGCUGUAAUAAAGACGUUGCUUCUGUGAG